AUGGCCACCUACUGCCCAUCCGGCGCCUCCGCGCUCCUGCUCUCCGCCCCGCGAACCCGCGCCGCCAGGUUUCCCGGUCCGGCUUCCGGGAGGAGCUCUCCCUGUGCAGCUGCUCGGCGGCAGAGGAGGGGGAGGGGAGCGGUGGGUGCCGUGCGAGCAUGCUUCAAUCCUUUCGGGGACGAACGCAUCCUCCGGGAGGCCUUGAAGGAGCCAGUUGCAUUCAUGGGUGGCGUGUUUGCUGGUCUCUUAAGGCUUGACCUGAAUGAGGAUCCUCUUAAGGAGUGGGUUACUCGAACGGUAGAGGCUUCUGGAAUAGCUGAGGAGAACAGCACCGAGGAAUCAAAUGAGGGAGCUCAAAAUGAUGGACCCCAGCAAAUUGAGAUUGAGUGA